AUGGAGUACAACACAUCUUCUGAGCCGAAUGCCCGAGCUGGGCACCUACUGGCGCUGAACAACCGAAGCUCAAAAGCGGAAGCGCUUAAGAAAAUGAAUGGAGCUGAUGGUCUGAUCAAGAUUGCUACUGCAGAUUUUUGGUCGCAUAAGCCCUUGGACUUGGCUGUGCCUUUCUUCUUGAUUCGGACACGGGAAGGUCACCGAAUGGCCGCUCUUCUCGCCGUAGCAUCCAUUGGAAAAAUUCGAAAAGAUGGUCGUGAUGCAUCUCAGUUUCAAUGGCGUGGCAAUUCUACUGGAAUGUGGCUAACCCCCGCUCCUGGACAACCUGCCGAUGUCCGUCGGAACGAUGUUCUCUUCGGCUUCAAGUUCGUUGGGUGGAAGCGCGGCGACGUCGAUGUCAUGCACGCUCCUAUCACAUUUUCAGGUGCAGAGUGCGAAUGA